AUGGGAAAAUUUAAAGUUAUUGUACUGGCAGGUACUGCAGGCACAGGAAAGUCAACCAUAGCAGGUGAAUUACUACAUGAGUUUAAGGACACAUAUCCCGAUCUGAAGUUCAUUGAAGGCGAUGAUUUGCAUCCACCUGCCAAUGUGGAAAAGAUGUCAAGGGGAAUUCCCCUAAACGACGACGACCGUUGGGACUGGUUGAAAAAAGUCGCCGUUGAAUCAACGAAAGCUGCGGCUAAUACCAACGAACAUUUAUCAAUUGUGGCAUGUUCGAGCUUAAAGAAGAAAUAUAGAGAUUUGAUUAGACAAACCUGCCCUGAAUCAGAGUUCCAUUUUAUAUUCUUGUAUGCAAGUAAGAUAGAAGUAUUGAAAAGGCUUAAAACAAGGAAAGGCCAUUUUAUGAAAGCUGAUAUGAUGGAAUCUCAAUUUAGGGACUUGGAACUACCUGAUAUCAAUGAAGAAACUGACUGUGAUAUUGUUCCCUUAGAUUUCAAAACAUUCUAUCAAAUCGAAAAAGAUGUUAUAUACGUAGUGAAAAGAAGGGUUUUGAAAGUCGAGUAA